AUGCAUCCGUUAAUGCGACCGAGUAGAUUGUCUCAAGGUAAAUUAAUAUCUAUACAUUCGGCAUCGAAAAAUAAUUUAAGCGAAUUCACGCAAAGGAUAAUGUCGGCAAAAUUAUUAAAAGUAAAACAAGUACAAAAUCAAUUGAACGAAACUCAAAUACAAUUAAACGAAUUAAUUAACGAAAAUAAAGUUUUGAGAAACAUGCAAAAAAGACAAGAGGGUGCAUUGAAACGUUACGAAGGAAAUUAUGCCGAAUUACCACAAUUAAUACGGUCACAUAAUGAAGAAAUCAGAACUCUGAAAGCAUCGAAUAAACAAAUUAAAGCUCAAUUAAGAGAAUCAAAUACGAAAUUAAAAGAAAGAGAAAAUGAAUUGGAAUCCCUAAGAGAUAGUUAUACGAAAUUGAAAAAACUAAGCAUGGAAAAAAAUCUUUUGGAAAGGGAAAAAUUACAAAAAAAAGUUGAAGAUUUACAAGAUGUUAUUAAAGAACAAGAAGAAAAAAUUCAGGUUUUAUCAAGAAAAAUAUUACUGGAAUCUAAAAAUUACAGACAUCAAUUAAAUGUUGAAAUACUUAAACAUAAAGAAACGCAAAAAGAUUUAAAUAGCGCGUUAACUGUUAUAAAUAAACUCGAAAGUCAAUUAUUUUCUAAAGAUACCAAAUCGGUACCAAAUGGUAAAACUUUAGUCAAACGUGAAAGUAAAACUCUCGUACCUGUCGUUGCUAAUAAAUCCAUCGAUAGCCAAUCGAAAACAGGUAUAGUUUCCGUAAAUGGUUUUAUAGAACGUAUGGAUGAUAAGAAAAAAAAAUUUCAAAAUGGCGAUUCUCCAGAUUCGGAACUUGAAUUAUUGCAAAACAUUAUGGAAUCAUCGGAUGAAACGCCGAGUCCAACCCAGGAUAUAUUUCCGGAAAUGAUGAAAUCGAGAAAAUCAAAUCUGGAAAAAGAAAAAAAUACGUUAGACGUGAAUAACGAAACUGUUAAAAAAACCGGAAGUUUGUCCAAAAUGAAAAAAAAUAACGUUUUGAUGAAAGGUGUUAAAUAUUCCGAAGUCUCAGAACCAAAUGAAAAAUCCAGUGAAGAAAAAAUUGAUAAUUUCGAAGAGGAAAUUGGGAAAAACGAUAUGUCGGAUAAUGGAAAUAAAUUAAAUUUACUCUACGAAGAAGUUAAAGAAAGUGCUAGAAAAUUAGAAAAUGUCGUCGGUGGUAAUUUAAUGAAAACCGAAAGUCAUGAAAAAUUAUUCGAAGAAAAUGAUAUGAAAGUUUCCGAAUGGGAAGGAAGACGAAGCGUUUCGAAAAGAAAAUUUGACGAUCAACAAAAAAAACAAUCAUCUUCUUUAUCUCCGGUCGUCGACCGUGUUGAAUUUUCAACAGAAUUAACAGAAUUAGAAAAACAAAAUUACGAAUCAAUGAAUAAAACGUGGAACGAUUUAAAAGAUAAAAUACAAGAAGAAAGGAAAAAAGCAGAAGAAAAAAUAAGAGAAUUGAGUAAAUCAAACGGUUUGCCAAACAUAUCGGAUUCACAUUCGUCGGAUUCGGAACCUGAAAAUUUUUCCAAUCCUCCUUCCUUUUUCGACGUACCCGGUUUCAAUUUAGAUGAUAAAAAAGAACUCAAAUAUGUUAAUUUCACCGACAAUGCAUACAUUCUCAAAGAAUUAGAAAAAACGGAUAAAGUUUUUAACAAGUUAAAAAACGAUACGAAAAAAUAUACUCAUCAAAGAGCAAAUACUCCAGCCAUUGGAGUAGGAGGAGUAGGAGUAGGAGAAAAAAAAAACAAAACGAAUUCGAAAUUAAAAUCCUCGACUCCAAAACCUAAACCCAGGCAACAAGACGUUAAAACAUUUCGAACUGAAAGUCGAAGGGAUCCAAAAUUUUUAGAAGAAUUUCAAAGCGAAUAUCAAAAACAAAAUUUAAUAAAAGCAUUGAAAGCCAUAGACGAUGAACGAGAUCCAAGUUAUUCGACUGAAGAAUCCGCCGGUGAUUCCGAACCUGAUUCGAAAAAUGACAAAACUUAUGUUAAAAAUUCAUUUAAAUCCUCUCACAAAGAUUUAAUACGUAAAAACAAUGACGAUUUUUUAACCGAAUUAUUCGGAUCUAAAAAAAAAUUAGGAAAAAAUGAAAAUAUCAAAUUUGAAUCCCUGACCGAAAUCAACGAGGAAAUUGAAACAAUUUAA